AUGCCCGACCGGGGAGGAGAAGACGGCAGAGACGGCAAGGACGAGGAUGGUCAUGAGAGGCCGUCCUCUUCACCGUCGGCCGGCUCGUCUGGCGCCCGCGCCAAGGUCAAAGGGAAACUCAAGUCGUUCUGGAAUAAGACGGUCGUGCCGGCCUUCCCCGAGGCCAUCGCGGACAUCUCGAUCAUCAAGGCCGCACUGAAGGUCGAGGCCACAAUCACCAAGGACUUGAGGGACACCAGCCGGCAUCCGGAGGUUGCCCAGUCGGCCACGGUAAGAAGAGGAUUCGAACUCGCGCCAGAAGAAAUGCGGUUCCGCGACGUGAGGAAGGUCAAGGUCCGGGAUGCGUUCUGCCGAUACCUGGGUCUUGACCCUGCGGAGGUGCAUGUCGAUGAUGUGCCCAUUGUGGCGUUUGGCGGGUCGGGGGGAGGGUACAGGGCCAUGAUUGGCAUGUUGGGCUAUGGGGACGAAAUGAAGCGCACUGGCCUGUGGGACGUGUUGACGUACGUGUCGGGCGUGAGUGGGAGCUGUUGGAGCCUGGCCGCGUACUAUACCUGGGCAGGCACCAGUAUGGACGCCGUGAUUAGGCAUUGCAAGCAGAGGUUGCAUCCCCAUCACCCGUUGUCGCCGGAGGCGAUCCGGGAGGUGUUGCACGCGCCGGGUGGGCCAUCAAAGACGCUCGGUCCGUUGGUGCAGAAGCAUCGAACGGGGCUCUCGACCGUGGCGAUGGAUCUGUACUCGGUCUUCACUACGGGCCACCUGUUCCUGGUGCAUGAUCCAGCUUUAGAGCCUCCCGGAUCGCACGGAAGGUCCGGGGUCAAGAAGGAGGUAGCUGGUCAGCACGAGCAGUGGUUCAAGUGGUCGUCAGCAAAUGCCCAUCUUGUGGAUGGCCAAGAGCCUCUACCCAUUCUCACCGCGAUCCGGCAUGAAAGGCCGUGGAAGGACUGGGUCGAUCAAGAACACCCCUUCAAAGACGCAGACCCCGGGGCCAAGGAGCAUGAAGAAGCACAAGAUGCGUGGUUCAACUGGUUCGAGAUUUCGCCCAUUGAGGUGGGCUGCGAUGAAUUGGAAGCAUGGUGUCCGACGUGGGCGUUCGGCAGGCCGUUCGAGAAGGGCCGCGAUACCAUGCAGAUACCCGAGCAGUCUCUGGCAUUGCUACUGGGGCUAUGCACGAGCGCGCCAGCAGGGCCAUUGACCUCGUACCUUGCGACCAUCAAACGGAGCCUCCCAUCGGGGUUUAUUGGCAACUCGAUCAACGACAUGGCCAAAGGCGUUGCGCGGAUGUGGGGUGAGAAGGGCACUGAAGAAUUUCAAGCGCAUCAUCCGCUGCACGCGGUCAACGAACAUAAUUUCAUGUUCCACCUGAGCAAAGGCGAGAACAAGGACACCCCGUCGCCGCCGAUUGAGAACUCGCCCCGUAUCCACCUCAUCGACUCUGGGAUGGACAACAACUGCCCGACAUAUGUCAUGCUCCACCCUCGCCGGAAUGUUGAUGUAAUCCUGAACAUGGACGCUUCCAGUGACGUGUUGAAGGGCACUUUCCAGGACCGGGUCGACCAAAUCGCGAGUCGAAGAUGCCUCAAGUUCAGCAAGCGGUAUCCUGAGCUCCAGGCCGGCACAGACCCUAAAAAUCCCGACCAAUUCCAGGGGCUGUAUGCCCAGAUCUACGACGGCUCCAUCCUCGUUGACAGGCCUGAGGAAGUCGUCGACUCGUACGGCCACACGGUGACCAAUCCACCUGCACCGCCCUGUCUGCAUGAGUCGACCAUGAUAUACCUCCCCCUCCUGCCGAAUCAGGGCGCGGUGCCGGACUUUGACCCAUCGACCGCGAAGUUCUCGGGCUCGUAUAACCUUGUGUGGACGCCUGACCAGGUGGAGAUGUUGGUAAGGAUAUGUUGCGCGAAUUUCAAGGCCGGCGAGGAGACGAUCAAGAUGGUGCUGAGGGAGCAGUGGCUGAAGAAGAGGGCGAAAAGGGAGACUGCCGCUGCUAGUGUCUUACCUCUGGCUGAUUCUCCUGGGGAGGCAUGUGCAUAG